UCUUCCUGUCUCGCGGAGUCUCGCGGAGUCUCGCCGUGCCCGAGACGCCUAUCUGGCUAUUUUCAGAUAUGGAUUUGUACGGAAUUACCAAUAACACGGGCCUCUGCGGGUGAAGCAACGCGCCCCUACUGUCGUACCGCACGGGGAGAGUGAGAAAAGAGGGUCAGCGAGGCGAGGUCAGGUCACAAUGGCCGAGAAGUGAGGGAGAGAGACAUAGGGAGAGACUUUCUGAGCAGGGAGGGACAGGCCGCCAGGGAGAGGAGGGUGUGCGUGCGUGUGUGUGUGUGCGUGACCUCUGACCCCUGACCUCGCACCCCGGGACUCACCUGGACUGAUAUAUCCCAAGGUGACCCCCCCGGUGACCUCCCCCCCCCGUGACCCCAGGCCGGCUUACCUCGGGGCGGCAGGGGGGCGUGCGUGCGUGCGUGCGUGCGCGGUGACCUGUGACGUCAAAAGUCGACCCCCACACCUGCAGGAUUCCAAACCUGACCUCAAACCUGCAGGAGCCAGAGCUGACCUUCCCCAGCCUGCAGGACCCCAUACUUGACCUUCCCCAACCUGCCGGGCCCCAAACUGACCUUUCCCAAACGUGCAGGACCCAAAAUUGACCUUCCUCAAACCUGCAGGAUCCCAAACCUGCUGGAGCCCAAACCUGACCUUCCCCAAACCUGCCGGGCCUAAACGUGACCUUACCCAAACUGACCUUUCCCACACCUACCGUGGCUUAAACUUGACCUUCCCCAAGCCUGCCGGGGCACAGCUUGACCUUUCCCAAGCCUCCCGGGGCCUGAACUUGACCCCACACCUGCAGAACCCCAACCUUGACCUUUCCCAAACCCCCAACCUUGACCUUCCCCAAACCCCAAACUGACCUUCCCCACACCACCUGCCGCCCCUGAGCCGCCGCACCCCAGAGAUGGCCGCCUGGUGUGGGGUGUAGGCGCGAGGAGCCCUGCCGGAGCCCCUGUCAGGUGUCGGGCGGCCGCUCCCCUGCCAGGAUGUCGGGCGGCGGCGGCGGCGGUGGCGGAGGGACCUUCGUGGACCGCAUUGACCCUUUUGCCAAGCGCUCCCUCAAGAAGAAGCCCAAGAGGUCACAGGGGUCAUCGCGGUACAGGACAACCAAUGACGUCGAGUUGCAGCCCCUGCCCCUGCUCAAAGAUGUGCCGGGGUCGGAGCAGGAGGACCUGUUCCUGCGCAAGCUCCGCCAGUGCUGCGUGGGCUUUGAUUUCCUUGACCCCGUGGCGGACCUCAAGGGCAAGGAGAUGAAGCGCAGCACUCUGAAUGAGCUGGUCGACUACAUCACCGCGGGGCGUGGGGUGCUGACCGAGCCCGUGUACCCAGAGAUUAUACGCAUGAUCGCUUGCAACCUGUUCCGCACACUGCCCCCCUCGGACAACCCGGACUUUGACCCUGAGGAGGACGACCCCACCCUGGAGGCUUCCUGGCCACACCUGCAGUUGGUCUACGAGUUCUUCCUUCGCUUCCUGGAGAGCCCGGACUUCCAACCCGCCAUCGGCAAGCGCGUCAUUGACCAGAAGUUCGUCCUGCAGCUGCUGGAGUUGUUUGACAGUGAGGACCCACGCGAGAGGGACUUCCUGAAGACUGUACUCCACAGGAUAUACGGGAAGUUCCUUGGCCUGCGAGCGUUCAUCAGAAAACAGAUUAACAACAUUUUCCUUAGGUUUGUAUAUGAGACGGAGCAUUUCAAUGGCGUCGGGGAGCUGCUGGAGAUACUGGGGAGUAUAAUCAACGGCUUUGCCCUGCCCCUGAAGGCGGAGCACAAGCAGUUCUUGAUCAAGGUGCUCAUCCCCCUGCACAAGGUGAAGUGCUUGAGUCUGUACCACGCCCAGCUGGCCUACUGUGUGGUGCAGUUCCUGGAGAAGGACCCAACACUCACAGAGCCCGUCAUCAAGGGCCUGCUCAAGUUCUGGCCAAAGACUUGCAGCCAGAAGGAGGUCAUGUUCCUGGGUGAGAUAGAGGAGAUCCUGGACGUCAUUGAGCCCUCACAGUUCGGCAAGAUCCAGGAGCCUCUCUUCAAGCAGAUCGCUAAGUGUGUUUCCAGCCCGCACUUCCAGGUUGCAGAGCGUGCCCUGUACUUCUGGAACAAUGAGUAUAUUAUGAGCUUGAUAGAGGAGAACUCAAACGUCAUUUUGCCGAUAAUGUUCCCGGCACUAUACAGAAUCAGCAAGGAGCACUGGAACCAGACCAUUGUGGCGUUAGUCUACAAUGUCCUCAAGACCUUUAUGGAGAUGAACAGCAAGCUAUUUGACGAGCUCACUGCUUCUUACAAGGCAGAGCGGCAAAGAGAGAAGAAGCGCGAGAGGGAGCGAGAUGAGCUGUGGAAGAAACUGCAAGCCCUCGAACUGAACCACCAGCAGCAACAGUCACAGUAGUGAGCUUGGGAGGGGCCUGUACCCACCCCCACCCAUGCCCCUCCCUCCUCCUCCUCCUCCUCCUCUCCUCCGUCACCCCCCCGCCCCCCACACUACCACAGGAGGAGGAGGAGGAGGAGGUGGAGGAAGAGGUAUAGUGCAGACUCACUGGCUAACUUAGUCUAUGAAAUUGGGUCGAGUCUCUUGGUCCUCUGCCCUGUCUCUCUCUUUCUCUCCACUCUACGGAGGAAACGGAGGGAUUUCGCUACUUCCCUCCGCCCCUGGGAGAAGGAACCACCCCCCCUCCACCCCCCACAAGCCUCCAAACACGCCCAAACAUGAUCGUUAGCGAGAAUACUUGAUUAGUUUAAAAUAUCUCCAAUGUGGCUUUCGCUCCGAGGCGGUCAUGAUUUUCCAGACUCCGUAAUCGCGCUUUUUUUUUUUUUUAUCUAUAUGUGGAGGAGUGGAGUGCAGAGAGUGGACUGUGUGGAGUGGAGUAAUGUGGAAGAGGAAGACAGAAGUGGAUCGCAAUUUCCAUUUCACUGCUUUAAAAUAAGUCCACGCCAUCGUUUGGUUCGGAAAUGCCAGAAAAGUGGAGGAGUGGAUGAGUGCGUGGAGGGCAAGAAAGUGGAAGGAAGUGGAUAGCAAUUUCCACUUCACAGGUUAAAAAAUUCCACAUGAUUUUUUGGCUCGGAAAUGUUAGAAAAAGUGGAGUGGAGCAGCAUAUGUGGAGGGUGGGAAAAGGUGGAGGACAGGGUGGAGUAAUGUGGAGUUUUAGGACAAGUGGAGAGCAGUAUGUACUCCAUGGGUUAAUAAAAUGACCUCCACAUUUUGUCAUAGGUCGAGAAAUCUUGGAAAAGUGGAGUGGAUGAGUGCGUGGAGUGGAGUGGAGUAAUGUGGAAGAGGCAAACAAGUGGAUAACAAUUUCCACUUCACAGGUUAAAAAAAAAAAUCCACGUUAUCCUUCGGUUCGGCAAUGUUAGAAAAAGUGGAGUUGACCACGUGGAGGGCAGGAAGGAGUGGAUGAAUGUGGAGUUUCAGGACAGAAGUGGAGAGCAUUUCCACUUCACAGGUUAAAAAAAAAAUCCACUAUCCUUUGGCUCGGCAAUGUUAGAAAAAGUGGAUUUGACCACGUGGAGGGCAGGAAGGAGUGGAUUAAUGUGGAGUUUCAGGACAGAAGUGGAGAGCAAUUUCCACUUCACAGCUUAAAAAAAAAAAUCCACGUUAUCCUUCGGUUCGGCAAUGUUAGAAAAAGUGGAGUUGACCACGUGGAGGGCAGAGAGGAGCAGAGGUGGAGAGCCAGGGUGGAGGGCAGUGGACUCAGCCUGUUCUGGUCAUUGGUGUGGAGCGCGAUGUGGAAUUUCCAAAACGCGUCGCAAAAUAGCGGUUUAUUCCCCAAAAUAUCCCCCAAGUCGUGUGUGUGUGUGUGCGUAUGUGUGCGUAUGUGUGUAUACCAUAUGCUCCCCCCCUUGUGUACGCAUGUGUGUGUGUGUGCGUUUUCUGGUGUUAGCGAAUGUACACUAAUAAAUAUCUGCCUGUGUGUGCGUUUGUGUGUGGGUGUGGUUGUGGGUGUGUGUACGCAUCUAUAUAUAUGUGCGUGUGUGUGUGUACGCUUGUAUAUUAGAACGUGUACACAAAACCAGCUUGUAUAUUGCGUGUGUGUGUGCGUGUAUUUGUGUGUGUGUGUGUGUGUGUGUGUGUGUGUGUGUGUGUGUGUGUGUGAGAGAGAGAGAGAGAGAGAGAGAAGGAAACGCAUCAGUAUAUAUGUGUGUGUACGUGUGUGUGUGUGUGUGUGUGUGUGUGUGUGUGUGUGUGUGUGUUUACGUGUGUGUGUGUGUGUGUGUGUGUGUGUGCGUGUGCGCCCCCCUAGGACACACCCCCUACCCCCAUAGUAUGCUCUGUGUCUUAACUCUGUAUGUAAUAUUUAAUAAGUGGUAGCAGAGACACGUAGCGGCGGCGGCGGCUGGCGGCUGACCUCCCCCCGACCCCCCCCUGACCUGACCUUAGCCGCCUCACCGCCAAAAAGUAACUGACCUUCACUUUUUUUGCUGGAUUUUCGGGUCAAGACAAAAAAAUCACGCCAUUGUUUUCCUCCUCCGGUAACAGGUCACGCUACAACCCGACCUGACCUGACCUGACCUGACCUGACCUUAGCCGCCAAACCGCCAACUCUGACCCAACCCUUUUCAUUUCGAUUGUCAGUUUCGGGUCGAGAGAGAAAAAUAAAGGUCGCCCCGAGUCUUGACCCAGUGAUGACCUGACUUAAUAACAUCCUGACCUGACCUUGACUGUGACCUCUUGACC